AGUAACAUUGACAGAAGUCUCUUAAAUUUUUUGUUGAUUAUGAGAUAACAAUUAAGGAUUAUUUGUUAUUUAGCAGUUAAUUUGAAGGGGGGAUAAUGGUAAGGAAAAAGAUCGACAACAGACUCCGAAUUCUGGUGGAGAAUGGUGUGGCCAAAAAGCAUCGUUCGCUAGUUGUAGUGGUGGGGGACCAUGGCAAAGAUCAGGUUGUUAUCUUACAUCAUAUGUUAUCCAAGGCAAGUGUCAAAGCCAGGCCAUCAGUUUUAUGGUGUUACAAAAAGGAACUAGGAUUUAGUAGUCAUCGUAAGAAGCGAAUGAAGCAACUACAGAAGAAGAUAAAGCGAGGAAAGUUAGAUAUGAAUGAAGAUGAUCCAUUUGAGCUGUUUGUAGCAGCCACUUCAAUAAGAUACUGUUAUUAUGCAGAAACUCAUAAAAUACUGGGACAAACAUUUGGCAUGUGUAUAUUACAGGACUUUGAAGCCUUGACCCCAAACUUGCUAGCAAGGACCAUUGAGACAGUGGAGGGAGGGGGGUUAGUUGUCCUCCUCAUCAAAACAAUGACCUCUCUCAAACAGCUGUAUACUAUGACAAUGGAUGUACAUUCAAGAUUCAGGACAGAGGCUCAUCAAGAUAUUGUUGGAAGAUUUAAUGAAAGAUUUUUACUGUCCCUGGCCUCCUGCAAGAAUUGUAUUGUAAUAGAUGACCAGUUUAAUAUUUUACCUAUAUCAUCUCACAUGCUCAACAUCCAACCUGUUCCUGCCAAGUCUAUUGAAGAUGUCCCAGCCAGAGAGGUGGAAUUGAAGGAUCUAAAGGAAUCAUUACAGGACACUCAGCCUGUAGGAGCCAUUGUCAACUGCUGUAGAACUCUGGAUCAGGGUAAAGCACUUCUGAAGUUCAUUGAAGCAAUAUCUGAGAAGACACUUAGAAGUACUGUGAUUAUGACUGCAGCUAGGGGGCGUGGCAAAUCAGCAGCUCUGGGGCUGGCCCUAGCAACUGCUGUAGGAUUUGGGUACUCCAAUAUUUUUGUCACUGCACCUAGUCCAGAAAAUUUAAAAACUUUGUUUGAGUUUGUCUUCAAGGGGUUUGAUGCUCUUGAGUACCAGGAACAUAUGGAUUAUGAAAUAAUUCAGUCCACAAACCCAGACUUCAACAAAGCUAUUGUUAGAGUUAACAUUUUUAGAGAACACAGGCAAACCAUACAGUACAUCCACCCAACUGAUGCCCACAAACUAGGACAGGCCGAGUUAGUGUGCAUAGAUGAGGCAGCAGCCAUACCCCUUCCCUUGGUAAAAAAUCUUCUGGGACCAUACCUGGUGUUCAUGUCCUCAACUAUCAAUGGAUAUGAAGGCACAGGUCGCUCCCUGUCACUCAAGCUUGUCCAGCAGCUGAGGCAGCAGUCCAGUACGUAUGGCGGAAGUUCAUCUGAAGUCCAGAAGACACUCAACAUGACCAAGAAAGCUGAUGGUGUGUCAUCUGCCUCAGGUCGUGUUCUUCAUGAGGUGGUCCUCAAUGAAUCUAUAAGGUACGCCAAUGGUGAUCCAGUAGAACAGUGGCUGUAUGACUUGCUUUGUCUGGAUGCUGCAAAUGUCACCAGAAUUUCCUCAGGCUGCCCUCUCCCUGAAUCUUGUGAUCUGUACUACAUUAACAGGGACACUCUGUUCUCCUAUCACAAGGCUUCUGAAGCCUUCCUUCACAGAAUAAUGGCUCUGUAUGUGUCAUCACACUACAAGAACACUCCUAAUGAUCUCCAGUUACUGUCGGAUGCACCUGCUCACCAUAUCUUUGCACUGCUUGGUCCAGUUGACCCAAAUCAGACAUCUCUACCAGAGGUCCUAUGUGUGCUCCAGGUGUGUUUGGAAGGAGAGAUUUCUAAAGCUUCUAUCAUGAACAGUUUGUCAAGGGGGAAAAGAGCUUCUGGUGAUUUGAUACCUUGGACCAUCUCGCAACAGUUUCAAGAUCAUGAUUUCCCUGGGCUGUCAGGGGCACGGGUUGUAAGGAUAGCUACACAUCCAGACUACCAGUCAAUGGGUUAUGGCAGCAGAGCUUUGUCUUUGUUAAAGCAGUACUAUAAAGGGGAAGUAGUCAGUUUGUCGGAGUCUGUAGAUACAGAGCCUCAGACUAAUGUCAUUGAUGACCAGGAGGUGAAUUUACUUGAGGAAAGAGUGACUCCCAGGAAAAACUUACCUCCUUUGUUGAUGAAGUUGAGUGAAAGAAAACCAGAAAAAUUGGAUUACUUAGGUGUCUCUUACGGUUUGACCUCAGGUUUACUCAAAUUCUGGAAGAAGAAUGGCUUUGUACCUGUGUACUUGAGACAGACACCUAAUGACCUGACAGGUGAACACUCAUGUAUCAUGUUACACCUGUUGACUGAAGAGGAGGGGGAGGAAGAAAGGAGACAGGAAUCAUGGCUCCAAGCCUUCUGGAAAGAUUUCAGAAGACGAUUUGUGUCCCUACUAUCAUACCAGUUCAAAAAUUUCACACCAUCCAUGGCUUUAAGUAUUCUGGAGCAGAAACAGUUCAAAUCUGCAAAAUCAAAUCUGUUGGUACGAGAACUAGAGUUGUACUUUACUAAGUAUGACGUGAAGCGUUUAGAACUGUAUGCCCAGAACAUGGUGGACUAUCAUCUGAUCGUAGAUCUGCUGCCCGCCAUCAGUCGUCUCUACUUCCUUAAUCAGAUCAAUGUUCAACUCAGCAUCGUACAGAGUGCUUUAUUACUUGGUCUGGGAUUGCAGCACAAAACUGUAGAGGAUUUGGAGAAAGAGCUUGAUCUUCCAUCCAGUCAACUACUGGGUCUCUUCAACAGGAUCAUUCGCAAAGUUGUCAAUAGUCUAAAUGAAGUAAAGGAAGAAGACGUAGAGAAGGAUAUGAUAGAGAGGAAAGAAAUUACACUGCAGCCCACAGAGCAAUCCAUGGAGGAGGAACUGACUGCAGCAGCUGAGGAGGUGGAGGCUGCCCAGAGGAAGGAACUGGCCAUUCUGAAGGAUCUGGACCUGUCCCAGUAUAAAAUAAAGGGGUCAGAACAGGAGUGGAAGCAAGCACUAGGAUCUGGCUCAAAGAUGAUCAGCAUCAAGGGAUCAUUGCUGGAAAAGAAAAGAAAAACAGAAGACACUAUUGCAAUGCUAGAAGGAUCUGGUAAAAAGAAGAAAAUUAAGAAAAAACACAAAAGCUGAUGUUUAUAGUACAUUGUCACAAUUCUAUUAUUUACAUGUUGAAUCACUGCAUGGAACUGAGAACAUCUGCUGUUUUGUAGUUACUCUUAUGAGGAGUUACAAAUGAGACUUUUGAUCAGGAAGGAUGAGUUGAUUUGUUUUGUAUUAAAUGAAUAAAUAAAUAUUCUCAAAAUCA